AUGAGAAUCACUCAGCCACUUCUCUCCAAGGGCUUCCUUGCCCGUAGCAUGGAGGAACUGAGGCGUCGAUCUGGCAUAGCCUGGAAGCUCGAAGCCGUCAAGGGCCCCAUCGGUCCUCGCCCUUUGUACGAUUUCCACUCCCAAGAGUCGGUGCGCGAUUGCAUUGUUAUGGGCGACAGCCUCAUCGGCGGCUCUUCGAAAAGUCAUCUCGACUUUGUUCACCGCAAUGAAGCGAAGCCAUCAGAGGACAAGAAUGACUUGCCAUCGUCACCUCCUGCCUACGCCCGCUUCUACGGCCACAUAUCUACCUCCCUCCCUAGCGACCGCCCCAGUAUCCAGCGCAGCGGCUACGCUGCCUUUCGCACCCCCGACAUGUCCCCAACAGUAUUUGGCAAGUCUGUUUGGGACAUCGACCCUUACUCCUACCUCGCCAUGCGGAUCAAGUCCGAUGGCAGGGCCUAUUUCAUCAACCUGCAGACCGAGGCCGUCGAGCCCACGGACCUGCACCAGCACCGCCUAUUCGCAAAACGCCCCGGCCAGUGGGAGACGGUCAUGGUCAAGUGGAACGACUUCGUCCGGACUAAUCACGGUUUCGUAAUCGAGCCGCAGACGGAGCUGUUGAGGCAAAAGGUCAGGAGCGUCGGGAUUGGCUUGACAGACCGCAUCGAAGGACCAUUCGAACUGUGUAUAGACAAGGUGUGGGCAACCAACGAAGUCACGGAAGGGGCCACCGUUGUCGUCUCCGACGAGAGCAAGCUCAAAAAUCGAAAGGGGGAGAGGAUAAAAUGGUGA